UGUGUGGUUCCCUCUCACUCAACGUGCAGCUCGCGAGGCGGUCGGGACUAGCUGAAACGCUCCAGUCUCCGUCCGAGAGUCCACGACGCUCCAGCGGACGCUUUCUCUCCAAACAGCAGAGAGGAUGAAGAGGAGGCCGCCUGGCAGUGUGUGGAGUUCAUAAAGCAAGAAGCAGCAGCAGCACUGGCAGCCUCUCCGGCUCCGCGUCUGUUCGACGCCUCCGUCUGCAGCGGCGGCGCUCGCCAUGAGUUAGACGGAUCCCGCAGGAGCGAAACGCCACAGCUGCCUCUCCACGCCACCCGGAGCCCCCGUGACCGACCCGUGACCGGCGGGCGGCGCCCGCCCUGCUCUCCAUGAGCCAGCGGGAUGCGGCUGAGGUCCUCGCGCUCUCCGAGCGCCUCCUCGUAGCGUCGCACAAGGGCCAAGCCGACAACGUGGUGCAGCUCAUCAACAAGGGCGCCAAAGUAGCCGUCACCAAGUAUGGCAGGAGCCCCCUUCACUUGGCCGCCCACAAAGGUCACAUCGAGGUCGUGCGUAUCCUCCUCAAAGCCGGCUGUGACCUCGACAUCCAAGACGACGGGGAGCAGACGGCGUUACAGCGAGCCGCCGUGGUGGGAAACAGCGACGUCAUCAGCGCUCUCAUCCAGGAAGGGUGUGCACUGGACAGACAGGACAAGGACGGCAACGCGGCGCUCCACGAGGUGUCCUGGCACGGCUUCAGCCAGUCGGUGAAGGUGCUGGUGAAGGCCGGAGCCAACGCGCACGCCAAGAACAAGGCAGGAAACACGGCUCUCCACCUGGCCUGUCAGAACGCUCACGCUCAGAGCUGCAAGGUGCUGCUGCUCGGAGGCUCCAGGCCCGACAACAAGAACCACGUGAGUCAUUCUUGCUGUGACACAUCUUUCAAAUCAAUUCAUUAUUAUUUCUUUUUUUUUUUUUUUGCAACAUUGCUAAAUCUUAUUUUCCAGGCGGGGGACACGUGUCUGCACGUGGCGUCCCGCUACAACCACGUGGCCGUGAUCCGCAUCCUGCUGGGAGCCUUUUGCUCCGUGUCAGAGAAAAACCUGGCUGGGGACACGCCGCUGCACGUGGCUGCUGCUCUGAAUCAUAAGAAGUCGGUACGUCUGCUGCUGGAAGCCGGAGCAGACAGCAACAUCUGCAACAAUGCAGGUCAGACGGCUCUUGACCAAGCCAGAGAACACAACAACCCAGACGUGGCUCUUCUAUUGACCAAAGCUCCCCAGGUGCAGAGUUUUGUGCGAGGCAGGACUGCGAGGAAGAGGAGAGACAAGCUGAAGGCGGAGGGCAGAGCUCAGUCUGUGCCCAGAGAUGAGAUGCUGCCCUGUAAGGACAGCGCUGCAGAUGACACGCAGAGCAGCGACCGAGCUGCCUGCAAACACGCCGAGGCCACCGAGACCAACGCCGAGACGGAAAGGAACAAGAAGCAGAAACAGAAACCGUCUUUGUCCGAGCCGCUCCGCCGCAGAGACGCCGCCGCCGCCGCCGCUCACAAGAGGAGAUGCAAACCGCGAGGAGCCGACGUCCCUCCGCACAACUACAAAGCCUAUCAGCUCUACACGCUGUACCGCGGCAAGGACGGCAAGGUCAUGCAGGCUCCUCUGAACGGCUGCCGCUGCGAACCUCUCAUCAGUAAACUGGAGAACCAGCUGGAGGCCACCAAGGAGGAGAUGAAGACUGAAAUCCACACCGUCCAAGACCUGAUGAACAGCAAGAUGGGCCAGCUGGACCGCAAGAACAAACACCAGAUCCGAGCUCUCGACAAGAUGACGGUGGAGCGAGUGUCGGCCGAGAGGACCGAGUGUCUGCAGAGGAUCGAGCAGCGGGCCCUGCAGGAGAGGCUGGAAGCGGAGAAGAGACAGGCGUCCCUGGUCAGUGAGCUGAAGAGCUGGUGUCUGUCCAAGCUGCACAACAUGGACCUUCGAUUCGCGGGAGACCCCGGCGGCGCCGAGCUGCGGCGCUCCUCCUCCUCUGUGGCCGAGGGCCUGAACGAAGUCGACGGCGCCGGCUUCACCGCACUGCCCACUGGCGAGGGAGGCAGCUCCCAGUGCCUGGAGCGCCACAACAGCGCCGCCCUACCGGACUCCAGCCGGGGGGAGGGCGGCUCAGCCAACCACUACUUUGUGGUUAAUGUGGAGAGCUCUCCAGACGGCGAUAAGGCUCACAAUGAGGUCACCGCUCCUCGGGUCGCAAAGAGCCCCCCGUCGUCUGUCCAGGUGGUCCGGCCCAAGGAGCGUCUCGGGAUCUGCGCCGACACCCAGCGGGAGAACCAGGACCAGAACCAGGACCUGGACCUGCAGGACGCGGAGUACGGGGGGGCGAGGGGGGGCAGGAAUUACCGAUCCGGCAGCCUGUCUCCGGCCGCAGAGCGACGCCGCUGCAGCAGAACCGAAGCCGGGCCCAGAGACCGGGAUCGCGGGCGGGACAGAGGGAACCACCACAAGAAGCAGGGCAGGACUAAGUCCAGGGGGCCCACGGGGGCGGUCAGGACUCUGGAGAGGGACAACAUGCACGCCCAGGAGGUGACCCAGUACUUCUUCGAGGCGGUGUCGGCGCAGAUGGAGCGCUGGUACGAGAGGAAGGUGCAGGAGGCUCGUUGGCAUGCCGACCAGAAGGCCCAGGCCGACCGGGCCGCGCUGGUGGAGCGGGUCAUGCACCUGGAGGACGAGCUGCGUAUGCUCAGGACUAACAGGCACGACGACCACUGACACACACACACACACACACACACACACACGCAGGAAGCCCGGCCGCACUCUGAACAUGACUUUGUGCACCACCAGGAGAAGAAAGGUGUGAAAGUGCACCUGCACGCUGUCGAUGGGAGUUACAGGAACAUAAGCUGUGUUGUAUCUGCAUGUUUGUGAUGAGGAACCGAUUUUGUUAUUUAUGAGAAUGGAACUAAACUGACACUGUAUUUAAAGCCCUAAAGGUUGUUGUUUGUUUGUUUCCAGUAUAAAUAUCUGAUUUUUAUUUUUAGGCUGCCCAUAGAAUAGUUAAUACACACACACACACACACUUCCUUCAACAUUGUUUAAAUAUUAUUUUGUAAGCUUAUAAGAAAUUAAUAUGUAAAAAUAACAAUAUAUAAUGUUACAAGUUGGCAUUUAAGAGGUAUUUUUUGUUUUAAAUCCUUUCAGUUGAUGACUAAACUUUUUAUAUUGACUUUAAAAAAAAAAAGGGAUGUUAUAAACUGGAGGAUUUCUACGACUAGAGGAUUAAUAACAAAUGAGUUGAUGUUUGUCUGUUUUUAA